AUGUCCAGUUUGGAGAAUAUUUCGGACACGGGUGUAACUACAGUACAUCUGGACGCCAAUCAGCAGUAUUAUUUUACAAAUUCGUUGAAAAAUGACAGUAUGAGUUUCAUAGAAGAAGAUAGAUCAACUUCAGGAACGUCGCGUGUUUUUAUAUUACUCUAUACCAUGACAACCCUGACAUCUAUAUUUGGAAAUAUUGCCGCUAUCAUAAUCUUUGCGAAAGGAAAACGUUCAAAAUCGGAAUUGCGUCCAUUUUUAAUCAAUCUUGCCGUAGCAGAUCUGAUUAUGGCAAUUUUUUGUAUCCCGUUUACAUUCACAGAUCAAUUAUUGAGUAAAUGGAUAUUUUCUAAACCGAUGUGUCCCAUAGUAUUGUUUUUACAGACUGUUUCCGUCACAGCCAGCGCAUCUACUAACAUGGCUGUUGGAAUUGACCGAUUCUAUGCUGUGGCUUAUCCUUUAAAAUCUCGGAUUACGUCAUCAAGAUACCGCCUUAUCAUUCUUCUUAUUUGGAUUAUUGCCGUAGGAAUAAAUAGCGUGCAAUUUAUGGUGGGGAGAGCAAGAGAAAAGAUUAAGUCAAUUUCCACGUCAAAUGAAACGAUUGUGAAAUGUGCUGAAGUUUGGGAAGAUCAAGAAAGUAAAAGAGCAUAUUCUUUUUGUAUGCUCUUUCUUACCUAUAUCAUUCCCCUCAUAAUCCUUACAGUUACCUAUUCUAUUGUCGGAUGUAUUUUAUGGCAGCGCAGGUCACCUGGCAACGCUGAUGUUAUCAGAGACGAGCAACAAAUCAAAUCGAAACGAAAGAUUGUGAAGAUGUUGGUGACCAUUGUGACGUUUUUUGGCCUGUGUUGGCUUCCUCUCCAUCUGUUUAUUCUCGUUCUGGAUUUUAAUCCGGGGAUGGAGGAGGAUUCCCGGAUUUUACCAACACUCACGAUCCUGUUUUCCCUCGCCCACUGGAUCGCCAUGUCCAAUAGUUUCGUCAAUCCCAUCAUAUAUGGCUUUAUGAACAAUAAUUAUAGGGCUGAUUUGCGAUCCCUUAUAUUUACCAUCUGCCCAUAUGUUAGGGGAGGAAAACGUAUACGUCAGGGAGCUGUAAAAUGGAAGUCACGUGGUCAUGUGCGAGAUGACUCAUUCGAUUACGAGAAGAACAGCCACAUAAUUCAAGGAUUAUUGCGAAGCAAUACGGACUACAGAAACGGCAAGACAUCGAAAACGAUGGUAAUAAAGACUUCGUCAACGAAAAGUUUUUAA